AUGGAAUCAAUGCUUCCGGAUGCUUUUGAUGCAUCUCAGACGGGGUUGUACACAGGACAGACGCUCGGCGCGGGAAAUAUGGAUCUAGAAAGUGUGAGCGGGAACGCAUCAGCGCCAGCACCCUUGGUCAAGGUUGAUGACCCUCCUAAAUUUGAGCUCGAGUCCUACAUCGCAAACUAUACCGGCCGGACCAGGUUCAAUCGCUUGUACCUCAUUGGCACGUGCUCCACCUAUCUCUCCACGGAGGCAUUGAAAGCUGCCGUCGCUGAGGCCAAAUCAGGGAAGGAUGUAGUCAGGUAUCAACACGCUGUCCUAGCCCUGGCUGAGGUAGCGCCGAAUGAACCUGAGGCGACGAUGGACACGAAAUGGGUGGAUCAUAUGCAAAAAGUCGUCAAGGCGGAGACGGACCGGCUGGAACACGAGCUGAGGGGAUACAAGAAUAACUUGAUCAAAGAGAGCAUACGGAUGGGCAACGAAGACCUCGGGCAGCACUACCAUCAGAUCGGUAACCUCGUCGCAGCCUCCAAGGCCUAUUCCCGCAUGCGGGACUACUGCACAACACCCAGCCAUAUCGCCUCGAUGUUGUUCAAGAUCAUCAAUGUGGCCAUUGAGCGGGGAGACUGGCUGAGCGUGCAAUCCAACGUGCACCGGCUACGCAAUCUGCAGUCGAAGCCGGAGGAACAGGCCAAGAACCAACCCAAGAUGUCGGCUGCCCUGGGUUUGUCCCAGCUGCACUCGGGGUCGUACUUGGAGGCAGCAAACUGCUUCUUGAGCACCGACCCGUCGCUGGGUGACUCCUACAACGAGGUUCUCACCUCCAACGACGUCGCCGUGUACGGUGGACUGUGUGCUCUCGCGUCCAUGGACCGCAACGAACUCCAGCGCCGCGUGCUCGACAACAACGCCUUCCGCAACUUCCUCGAGCUGGAACCGCACAUCCGCCGGGCGAUCUCAUUCUUCUGCAAUUCCAAGUUCCGCCCGUGUCUCGAGAUCCUCGAAUCGUACAAAGCGGACUACCUGCUCGACAUCCACCUCCAGCGCCAUGUCAGCACCAUCUUCACCCGUAUCCGCACCAAAGCUAUCCAGCAAUACGUGGUUCCCUUCAGCCGCGUGACGCUCGAUUCCAUGCUGAAGGUGUUUGCGCCAGGAGUCGCCGGCGGCCACGCCCAUCCGACCGACUUCAACUCGCCGUUUGUGCAAGAAUUGAUCGGCCUGAUCCAGGACGGGACCCUGGACGCCCGGAUUGACCUGGAGAAGGGGGUGUUGGUAUCGAAGCAGACGGAUUUACGCACCGAAGUCCAACGGGAUACGUUGGAGUCCCUGUCGAGCUUCCGAAAAGAGGCGCAUCUGCGGCUGCUGCGGACCAACAUCCUCCGCGCCGGGCUCGAGGUUCGCUCCCCCGGUGAAGAAAGAAGAUUCAAAAUGGAAGAACGCGGCGGAAAGGCACUGGCUGGGCUGGGGGGUAGAUAUUCCCGAUAA